GAGAGCUUCCUGCCUGCUGUCACUGAGGCAGGAGAGCAGGGAAGAUAACCGGGAGCUGCCCUUGUGUGGUGGGUACCAACUGUUUCAUGAACUCUGACAGCAUAAUCUGCACCUAUGCAGCUGAAGAUGUACCUGCUCCUGCAUUGGAUUCUCUUAUGUCUGAUGUACUCGGUGAAACCUGAGUCGGAUGAAACAUGCCACCAAUUUACAGACCUGAAUUUACCAGAUGCGAUUGUCGGCACAGACCUAGAGGUGAAAUUGCUGCUUUACACUAGAGAAAACGCAAACUGUGCUGGGGAUCUAAACAAGGAAAACACAACGGCCUUCCAGUAUCUGAAUGUAACUAGGAAAACAAUAUUUAUCACCCACGGGUACAGGCCCACAGGAUCCCCUCCUGUAUGGCUAGAUGAGAUCGUACAGAAACUGCUCGCCACUGAUGACUUCAAUAUCAUCUUAGUUGACUGGAACCGAGGAGCCACAACAGUGCUGUACCACAUUGCUGCCGCCAAAAGCCGGCAAGUUGCAGAUAUACUGAAAUCUCUCAUUGACACCAUGCUGAGCCAAGGGGGUUCCCUGGACUCCAUCUAUAUGAUAGGAGUCAGCCUUGGGGCACAUAUCUCUGGGUUUGUUGGAAAAAUGUACAAUGGUUCUAUCGGCAGAAUAACUGGUCUGGAUCCCGCUGGUCCGCUAUACAAUGGGAAGCCGCCGGAAGACAGAUUACACUACACUGAUGCAAAGUUUGUGGAUGUCAUUCACUCAGACACUGAUGGUCUUGGCUAUAAGGAAACUUUAGGUCAUAUUGAUUUCUACCCAAAUGGAGGAACUGAUCAGCCGGGUUGUCCUAGAACCAUUUUAUCAGGAUCCGAAUACUUCAAGUGUGAUCACCAGCGGUCAGUGUUUCUGUACAUCUCAUCCUUAAAUGACACUUGUAGCAUUUUCACAUUUCCAUGCGGAGAUUACAGAGAUUACAGGAUAGGAAAAUGCCUGGAUUGCAAAGAGUACGCACCACUCACCUGCCCAGUUUUAGGCUUUCAUGCUGAUAAGUGGAAGAAAUAUCUGGUGGUGAAGAACCCUCCAGUGACGAAAGCUUUUUUUGACACCGCGUCGAUGAAACCAUUUUGCAUAUUCCAUUAUCACUUGGACUUCAUUACAUCGAAUACUAAAACACGGAGGGGUUACAUUACCAUUAAACUGGUGUCUGAAUCAGGAAAUGUGACGGAAUCAAAUCUAAAUCAAGAUCAAGCCACGUUUGAGCAAAAUAAAGAAGUCAGCCUGCUGGCCAAGUUUGAUCAGGAUUUGGAGAAAAUUGUCAAAGUAUUCGUGAAAUUUACAACUGGAUCUGUAAUAGGACCGAAAUACAAUUUGCGUGUGCAGAGAAUGAGGCUCAGGUCUACUUUAGAUCCAAAUAGAGCAAUACUUUGCCGCUAUGACUUUGUAUUAACAGAAAAUGUGGAAGUGGACUUUCAGUCGGUCCCAUGUGAAAACUCCAACUUCUUUACCUCAUGCUGCAGCGACAACACACCACAGUGCCCCGUGUGAGGAAACCUCAGUGCUGCUGAAGAAUCUUGUUUCUCAGAUGAUGCCAUGACUAGCUGCACAUGAGAUUCAUCACAAGUCCCAAAACAAACUCGGACUGGUCCCACAUCAAGGCCCGUCUAUAAAACAUAACUAUCUCAUAAAA